CAGCUGACGCUGGACCCCAACACAGCACACAGACACCUGUCUCUGUCAGAGGGGAACAGGAAGGUGACAUGGGGGGCAGAGCAGCCAUAUCCUGAUCAUCCAGAGAGAUUUGACAGCUGGGACCAAGUUCUGUGCAGAGAGAGCCUGACUGGUCGCUGUUACUGGGAGGCUGAGUGGAGUGGAUAUGGAGCUGAUAUAGGAGUGACUUAUGAAGGAAUCAGGAGGAAAGGAGGGAGCUAUGACUGUGCGCUUGGAUUCAAUGACAAGUCAUGGAUGCUGAUUUGCAAUCCUGACAGAUACUCUGUCCAUCACAAUAAUAACCAGACUGACAUACCCAUAGAGCCCUCAGAUUCCCACAGAGUAGGAGUGUAUCUGGACUGGGCAGCUGGUACUCUGUCCUUCUACAGGGUCUCCUCUGAUGGACUGACCCUCCUGUACAGCUUCACCUCCUCAUUCACUGAACCCCUCUAUCCAGGGUUUGGGGUUUAUUCUCUAAACUCCCCCGUGUCCCUGUGCAUGCUGGGAUAG